AUGCGGCCUUUUACGAUUUCUCGUGUCGCUGGUCUAAACCGGCUUUCACUUCGCUGCAAUGGAGUUCCUCGUCGCCACUUGACCAUGCUGCAUCCACCCAAGUUUGUGAAUGAGAAGCCGCUUGAUUAUGCAAAGAACUCCCCCGAGAGAGCUGAGCUCACCAAAGCCAUUCUUAAACUGAAGAGUGAAUUCCCUGUUACAAUCCCAAUCCAGAUCAAUGGGGCAGAGAUCCAAACAAAACAAUCACGAUCCCAAUCCAACCCCUCCAAACACAGCGAAAUCAUCGCCCAUUAUGCCUCGGCGAGCGGAGAACAAGUUGACGCUGCCAUCGACGCCGCCCUCAAAGCCAAGCCCGCAUGGGAAGCCAUGCCCUUCGAAGACCGCGCCGCAAUCUUCCUACGAGCCUCCGAACUCGUUACUAGGAAAUAUCGCGCCGAGAUAGUGGCCGCAACAAUGCUUGGACAAGGCAAGAACAUCUGGCAAGCGGAGAUCGAUGCGGCAGCCGAGACAGCAGAUUUCUUCCGCCACUACAUCCACGAGGCAUGGGCGCUGUUCUCUCAACAGCCAAAAAUCCAAACAGAAGGAGUCUGGAACAAGAUGGAGUAUCGACCAUUGGAAGGCUUUACAUAUGCUAUAGCGCCUUUCAACUUCACUGCGCUCGGAGCUACCCUCACCGGACCAGCAGCGCUGCUUGGGAAUGUCGUUAUCUGGAAGCCCUCUGAUUCAGCUCUGCACGCUAGCUGGCUGCUCCAUAAGAUUCUGCUCGAAGCUGGACUGCCAAAGGAUGUGAUUCAGUUCCUUCCCGGUGACGCUGAGGAGGUCACUAAUGUCAUUUUGAAAAGACCCGAGUUCAGUGCCUUGACUUUCAUCGGAUCAACCGCUACCUUCAAGGGUAUUCAGAAGAAGAUUGGUGAUGGCAUCGGCGAGGGGAUCUACAACUCCUAUCCUCGUGUUGUUGGUGAGACUGGCGGCAAAAAUUGGGGCAUUGUUCACCCCACGGCAGAUGUGAGAAGCGCUGCACUAAACACCAUCCGGGCUGCCUUCGAGUACCAAGGUCAAAAAUGCUCUGCCAACUCCCGUGUAUACGUAGCGGAAUCUGUUUGGCCCGAGUUCAAGAAGGUCUUGGCUGAGCAGACCGAGGCUUUGAAGAUUGGCAACGUGGAAGAUUACAGUAACUUCAUCAACCCAGUCAUCCACGAGAGGUCCUUUGAUAAGCUCCAGAAGGUCAUCGAGGACGCAAAGACAGACUCAGAGCUUGAGCUCAUUGUUGGCGGCAAGGCUUCUAAGGAUGAGGGUUACUAUGUACACCCCACUGUGUACCGGACAUCCAACCCGCACCACGAGAUUAUGUCAAAAGAACUGUUUGGACCAAUCUUGUGCGCCUACGUGUAUCCCGAUGCCGAGUGGGAGAAAACUCUCAAGCUGGUGGAUACCACAUCUCGUUAUGCCCUUACUGGAAGCAUUUUCGCCAAGGAUCCUUAUGCGAGCCGCCAGGGGCAGAAGGCCUUGAAGCACGCUGCUGGUAUGUUGUAUAUCAACACCAAGUGCACUGGAGCUACGGUGGCGCAACAGCCAUUUGGUGGUAGCCGUGACUCGGGAACCAACGAUAAAACUGGAACGAUGGCGCACUUGCAGAGAUUUGUGAGCGCGCAGACAAUAAAGGAGGAAUUUGUCCCUCUCGAGAAGGUGGAAUAUCCUUCCAAUGAAGUCUGA